UCGUGGGGACUUGUGACUUCAAGAUCCAACAUGAGUGACAUUGCCUGCAAAAAGCGGGAUGACUAUCUGGAAUGGCCUGAGUAUUUCAUGGCGGUGGCCUUCUUAUCAGCGCAGAGAAGCAAGGAUCCGAGUUCCCAGGUUGGAGCCUGCAUUGUGAAUACGGAAAACAAGAUUGUUGGGAUUGGGUACAAUGGGAUGCCAAACGGGUGCAGUGAUGACCUGUUGCCUUGGAGGAGAACAGCAGAAAGUAAGCUGGACACUAAGUAUCCAUACGUGUGCCACGCCGAGCUGAACGCCAUCAUGAACAAGAACUCGGCUGACGUGAAGGGCUGUAGUAUGUAUGUCGCCUUGUUCCCGUGUAAUGAAUGCGCCAAGCUCAUCAUCCAGGCAGGUAUAAAGGAAGUUAUUUUCAUGUCGGAUAAAUACCACGACAGCGAAGAGACAACGGCCGCUAGGCUCAUGUUUGAACUGGCUGGGGUUACGUUCAGGAAAUUCACACCGAAGUACAGCAAGAUUGUCAUUGACUUUGAUUCAAUUAAUAGCCGACCGAACCAGAAGCCUCAGUCAGUUCCGCCUCGUUAAAUCCCCGGAAGAAGGCUCGUCUCCUCUAAGAAGCCGCCGGUGCCUUUCAUCUCUAAGUUGCACAUAAGUUUUUAAUAGCUGGCAUAGCACACGUAGACGUCUAAAAAAUAUGAAACCUUGAAUAUUCCUCACUGUCCCUACCGUCACCUGGAUCCACGUCUGUUUAAGCUGUGGAUGUAGUUUGAAUUAGAAACCAAGGACCUACCCCCGGGGCUGGAGCGAAGUCCUUCCCCA